AUGCUGAAAGUUACGCAGCAUGAUUUUCACUUCUACAAACUUGUAGACUACAUUCAGAAACCGCCCGAUAAACCAGCUGAAUUUGUAUCUGCAUUGCAGUCAUUACGCGCAAAAUUUUCAUUAAAUUGGUUCGAACCGUUAUUAAAAGAAAACCCAGAAGCAUGCAUUUCAAGUAUCCUAUUAGUAUUGUUUACAAUAGCAAAUAAUAGCGAUGCUAAUGUCAAAAUUAAUGCAUAUUCUGCUUUAGGUGGCUUUUUAUUAACUUUAACUCCAAUAAUACCGCUUAACAUGCUACGUGGCUUAUCAAUCGCUAUACAAAAUGCAAAAGCAGAAUCACCUUCUACAUCAAUUGCUAUCAUUUCGAGUUUUCUUUAUGUUGUCAAAUACGUGAACCCCUUAGACUUAGAGAAAUUCAUCAUUAACACACCAGUUCUACAUCACUUCAGUGUUGAUGUUAGUGAUUUUAUCCAACACGUCCCUCAUUUGAUAAAAUUGAUGCGACCACUGCCAAUUCAGUUCCAUCAAAACUUUUUACGUAGCUUAUUGAUAUCUUUUGGUCGUAAUCCAAAUCAUUACUAUGUUUCUUCAACAAUAGAAUUAAUAUUGCUUAAUCCAGAAAUUUUAUUGAAAGAUAUGUUUUCCUUCUGCAUUGGAAACAAGUUAGAUCAAUCUAUUUUGGCAUUUGGACCAUAUUUGUUCAGUGAUGAUACUUUAUUUAAUCAUCUUACAGCAGAAAAUAAAGAUUACGUCCUCCAGCAAGGACUAAACAUCUUAGAGCAAGAAAAUUCGAUACUUCAAGACUUUGAACAAGCAACUGGACUGCUAUGCUCUUAUUCAUUACGCCUUAAAUCUUCAGAUUACAGAGAAUUUUCAGAAAAAUUGAAGUCAAUUACAUCAAAACACGAAUAUCCAAAGCAUUUCAUGAAGUUUUUACUGAUGCUGCCUUCCUCAUUUGAAGAAUUAAAGAUUUUACCAGAAGAUCAAAAUUCAAUAAAAAUUUCAAAGAUAAAAUCACUUGCAAACCUCUUAGAGCAAUGCCAAAGUGAUGAAACAAUGGUAGUUAACAUACUGAAUGAGUUCAAAAACAACGUUGACUCGUCAGGCGACGUUUUAACAACUUUGAUAAACUCAAUUUCAUCUUCUGUCUCAAAAUUCAUGGAUUUCGACAAGGAAACGCUGAAGAACUUCAUGAACUACCUGCUCUCCCUCAACAAUCUGACAUGGGUUCAGAAUAUCGCACUGAUAAAACUGAUUAACCAGAUUUCGAUUGACGGUUUUUACAAUUUGGACGACCAAUUCGAGGAGAAAGUCAUCAUCCUUCUGAUGUCUUUCUGCUUUUCGUCUCAAGAUGAACUAAAUAUGGAAGCAAAUAAAACUUUGUCAAAUUUUGUCACUUUUGAUAAUUUUCAGAUCAUUGACGAUUAUUUGACGAAGUACACAGACUAUUUUGAUCCGGAGAGCUGCACCAGAUUCGUUUUAGUGCUGAUUUCGGUUCAGAAAACAACUCCAAAAAUGUUGAGAAAAAAAUAUGUCAAAAUUGUGUCAGAAAUUGUAGAAUUACAUUUGACUUCACCUCACUUGGCCAAUCUCUGUUUCGAGUAUUUGCUAAAACAGAGAGAUUUAUUCACUUCACCUGACCAUUUAUUGAAAGAAUACUGUUUAGACUGGGUCUGCAGACUGUUUACAUCAGUUACUCAAAAAGAUCUGCCAGUCACUUCACCUAUUAAGUAUUCUGACAUUUUGCCAACAGUUUUGUCAACUAUAGAAAGUGAUAUUGUUGCUACUGACUUAAGAGUUGUUAAAGAGAGGAGUUACCAGCCACUUUUGUCGUCAUUUCUGUUUCUGAUUGAGAUUUGGCCAGAAAAAUGUCAGCCUUUCAUGGAAUUUUUGGUCAAACUGUUUCCGCUCAGGAUCAUUCCUUUGUCGUUCAGAGUGUACAGCGACAAGUUCUCUGACAGCUUCACAUCAUUCUCCAGAGUGAUCUGCGAGAUAUUGUCAUGCAACUCUUCGAUGCCUCUGACGAAGGAAAUUGCGAACUUUUUCAUGAACGCGAGAAUGGAUUUCAAACUUAAGGUUGGCCAAACUUUUCUGGCUCUCUUAUCUUCGCAGAAUUUGAGCUACGAUGAGAUCUCUUCUUUCUACAAAAUUGCAAAAUGCAUUGACGAGAAACAGGCAGCAGAGAAACUCCAGAAGCAAAAAGAAAAUCUAAAAGAUAUCAAACAAUUGUUACUUUUGAAUGUCAAAUUGAAUGAAAAAAUUGACGAAAAAGAACUGUUUGAAAAGGUCAAAUUCGAUGAAUUCCCUCUUCAUGACAAAGAUUUCUUGGAUUUCUUAAAUAAAAUACCAAAAGUCGAAAUAGAAUUAACAGAUAAAACCAGUGAUGAUUUCAUUAAUUUUGCAUUUGAACACAAAGAUAAGAUUUUUAUUUUGAAUUUGGAUGAUUUCCAAAGAGAACACCAGAGAAGAAUGAAAAAGUUCAUUAUGACAGAGAAAGAGCAGCAAAAGUUCACAUUUUCUCAUGAAAUGUCAAAGGGGAAGUUCACUUUGUCAGAUUUACUUGUAAAAGGGGAAAUUCAAAACGAAAAAUCUCUUCUUCUGAAUUUCUUCAGAUUUUCUCCACUCAAAAUUGAUCAAUUAACAUUAGACAAAGUUCUAAAUGUUUGUGACUCAAACGAUUUGUUUAUAGAAGUUUGUAAAUAUGCCGAUAAAAACGGUUUGACGGUUAAUAACGAAUAUUAUUUGCCAUAUUUACAUUCCGACGACGAAAACCUGCUAAAAGUUUUGAAGCCGUCCCAGGAACAGCUUCUGAAGGAAUUCCCUGGCUACACAGAGAAAAAUUUGAUUUGUGAACUGACCGAUAAGUUUACAAUAACCGACAUUUUGAUUGGUUCUAACAAAAGUUUGUUUUUGAGCAAAUUUUUGACGAAUUUCGAACAGAAAACGAAGAAUUUCUUGAAACUAUCGCUUUUCUUCACAAAAUUCGCAACUGAUGCUGAUGAGUCGACUGAAUUUAUUUUCAGCCAGAUAAAAUCAUCACAAGACUUCUCAAACAAAAAAUUGACAGCUUUACUCAGAAUGAUAAGAUGUCACUUUUUAUCAAUUAAUCCAUAUCAGCUUCUCAGGGAUUCCAAAUGCUACAGACAAGAAUACAUCCAAUUAUUAUCACCUUUUAUGUCACUUUUAUCAGAUACCAUUCACAAAGAGUUGAGUUCUAUUUUCAACUACUUUUUCAUGGCGAGAGGUCCUGGCGACAGUUUGUUGCAGGGAAUUGAUGACCACGAGCGACUGUACUAUCACGCGGAGAUGUUUUCUGUCUGUCUGACAGAAGUAUACGCGUUCAGCCAGCAGGGAAAUCGACUCAAGAGAAAUUACUUGACAGAUGUUUUGUGUCUGGAAUUGCCUUCUUUCAAAAUACAUGGUUUGAAAAGUAUCACAUUUUUACUUAAUCGGCCCUAUCAACCUUUUAUUUGGGAAGUUAUUUACGACUGUUUGUGGAAGUCCAUUAGCUGCAUUGAGUAUCUUUUGCGGAAUGGAAUCUGCGCGUCAGUAAUCAAUGAUUUUGUGUGCGCACUGACAAAUCACGUGAAAUUUGACAAUGUGAAAAGUGAUAUUCUACCAAAGAUUUCGAAAUUAACUUUUGUUUCAACGAAAAGUCCCUUAUUCAGCAAUCUCCUGGAUGCUAACUGCAAAUUACUCGCAAAGAGUGGAUCGAUUAAAUUGGACAUUUCCAAUGUUUUGAAUUCUAUUCCAGAAUUUCAUGCUGAUGGUUAUUCGAAGUUUUUGUCUUCUUAUUUUGAGUAUCUAUGUAAAGUCCACAAAAGCAAAAAUGACUCUAUUUUGGAGUACAUUUCACUUUUGCAGGACAUCUUCAGGAAACGAAAAGACUUGGAAAUUUCAUUUUUGUUCGCUUCUGCCCUUGCAAAUCCUCCACAAGGUUUCGACCCAAUGUUCAUCGUGGUUGGCCAGAUCUGUGUCAGAAAUGACUUUGAUAUCUAUUGCCUUGUUUUGAUUCACAGAUUUUUGAAGUCUUGUGACAAAGAAAUGAAGACAAAAUUUGUUGAUUCACUAAAUGAAGUGAAGAGUGUUAUAAAUGAUGAUGAAAAAUAUUCUGCUUUACUGAAAUUAGCAGAUGGAGAUUAUAAUCAUUUAUUGAAUUUAAUUAUGUAA